AUGUCUCCGCCGCUCCCCACAACACCGAACCGCCGCUCCCUGACCCCUCAGCAACGCUCCCUCCCAUUGGCCGCCUCCCUCCUCCGCCCCGCCCCGGGGGCGGCUCCUCCUCUCCCCAUUGGUCGGGCCGCGCGUCAAUCCAAGGCGGAGACCCCCGUUACCCGUGGGCCGUGGGGGGCGAGGAAGGGCUCGGCCCCGCCGUGGGAGGCGGGGGACAGGGACACGGACACAGAGAGGCACACACGGACACGCCACUCCGCCACCGUCCGUGGGCGAUGCCGGCGGCGCCGGCGCUGGCCCUGCUGCUCCUCCUCGGCGCUGCCGCGGCCCCCGAGCCCCACGCCCACCCCCAGCCCCAACACCACGCUGACCCUCGCCGUGGUGCUGCCCCGCCGCAACCUCACCUACCCGUGGGCCUGGCCGCGCGUGGGCCCCGCCGUGCGCUUGGCCGUGGCCGCCGUCAACUCCCGGCGGGAUCUCCUGCCGGGCUUCACCCUGCGCUGGGUGUUCGGCGACAGCGAGGACGGCCGCGGGGUGUGCUCCGAGAUGGCCGCGCCUUUGGCCGCCGUCGACCUGCGCGUGGCCCACCGGCCCGCGGCCUUCGUGGGGCCCGGCUGCGUGUACAGCGCGGCGCCCGUGGCGCGAUUCACCAGCCACUGGCGGCUGCCGCUGCUCACGGCCGGCGCCGAGGCCCACGGCUUCGACGACAAGCGCGGGGAGUUCGCGCUGACCACGCGCGUGGGGCCGAGCCACCGCAAGCUGGGCGAGCUGGGCGGGCGGCUCCACCGGCGCUUCAACUGGAGCCGCCGGGCGCUGCUCGUCUACUGGGACGAGAGGGUGGACGACCGGCCCUGCUUCUUCGCCGCCGAGGGGCUGUACGUGCAGCUGCCCACCCUGCUGCGCAACCUCAGCGUGGUGGACGUCGUGUUCCAGGACGGCGGCAACUUCUCCUUCGUCAUCCAGGAGAUCAAGGCCAAGGGGCGCGUGGUGUACGUGUGCUGUGCCCCGGACACGCUGCGGGAGCUGCUGCUGCAGGCGGAGCUCGAGGGGCUCACGGGGGGCGACUUCGCCUUCUUUUACAUCGACACGUUCGGGGCCAGCCUGCGGGGGGGGCACCCCCAGGGCGGGGGGCGCUUCCCAGACCCCCGCCGGCCCUGGCACCGCGGGGACCGCCACGACCCCCGAGCCCGCAGAGCCUUCGAGGCCGUGACCAUCAUCACGUACACGGAGCCCCAGAACCCCGAGUACCGACCCUUCCUGCGGCGCCUGCGGGACGAGGCCCGGCAGAACUUCAACCUCUCCCUGCAGGGCGGCCUCAUGAAUUUCAUCGCCGCCGCCUUCCACGACGUCCUGCUCUACGCCCAGGCCCUCCACGAGACCCUGGAGCGCGGGGGCUCCGUGGGAGACGCCUCGGCCAUCACGAGGCAGAUGUGGAACCGCACCUUCUACGGUGUCACCGGGUUCCUGAAAAUCGACGAGAGGGACCGGGAGAGCGAUUAUUCCCUGUGGGACAUGGACCCGGCGCGGGGGGAAUUCCAGAUCGUGGCCAACUACAACGGCACCACCAAGGAGCUGCGGAUGGUGCCGGGCAGGGACAUCCACUGGCCGGGCAAGGCGGUCCCUCCCGACGUCCCCCCCUGCGGAUUCGACCACGGCGAC